AUGGAUGGUGUCACUAACUCAAAUUUGAAGAUAACUGUGAUAAGGCAAGAAAUGGCUGGGUUUCUAACGGGUAUAGCAAUCUUUGAAGAGAAUUCAAAUAGGGCUUUUGAAUUACAGAAAACUCUGGAUGAUUACGUGGAGAGAUAUAAAAGAUUAACUCCUUUAUUGAAUGUUGUUAAUCAAGAUUUAAAACUUCAAAUACCCCCAAAGCAAGAACCACAAUUAAAACCAUCAAUCCCAAUUUCAACAACAAAUACAAACACAAAUACAGCUAACUCAAAUGCACCAAAUACAGCGAAUAAUAAGAAUACAACUACAACUCAACAACCUAAGAAACCACAGAGGAAGAGAACAUAUACUAAAAAGAAGGAUCAAAAUAAUCAAAAUAAUCAAAAAAAUAUAAAUAUAAACCAACCACCUCCAGCACCAACAAAUAAUAACGCGCCAAUAUUACCAAAUACUAAUGGCUCAAAUGGUUAUCAAACUUCUGCAAAUAUAAUUGGAUUCCAACCUUUCCAAGGUAAUAACAAUAAUUCUACAGAUGCUGGUUCUGAAAAUCAACCAAUAAUGUUAUGA